CACAUCCUCUACCACCUCUCCUCCUUCUUCCCACGACUUUCUCCCUUUCUUCUCGACAAGACACGCAUCUAGAUUCGUCCAUCCUCCGUACCUUGGCAGAUGGUCGUCUUCAAUCAACAAGUCGUCCUUUUCCAGUCUUGACCCGUUCUCAUCUUUUUGGCUCCAGCACCCUCUGAGAGCUCGCUCUCAUCCCAAUGGCCGACCUCAGUAAUAUCCUUGCUGCUCUCGCCGCGCAACGACAGGGAGGUACUCCUUCGCAAGCUCCUCCUCCACCUAUUCCCGGUAGUUCGUAUCCUCCUCCCCCUCAGUACGCCACUCCGCCUGGCGGUGCCACUCCCUAUGGCUUGCCGCAACCCUUUCAUUCUGGGAGCGUUGAUCUGGCGCAAAUAAAACCGAUUAGCUCAGGUUCGGUCAGCCUGAACUAUGCGGUUGCCAAAGCUCGAGACAUGGCUGUCGACAAGGGAAUUCAUUAUGAUCCAAACAGACCCCCCGUUAACAUUGAUCCCCGCUACGGUGGUCGAGGAUAUCGACGCUCGCGCUCUCCAUCACGUACCCCACCUCGUACUGGCCGAGAUGGCUACCGUGAAAAUCCAUAUCGCGACGAGAGGCGCUCCAACGACCGUGGUUUCGGCCGCGAUCGCUCCUUAUCUCCACGAACCGGCCGCUACUCGCCUCGAUAUCGAGAUGACAGAUCACCAGGCCGAGACAGAGCCGGUGCAGGCACUGCAGAAGGCGACUCUGAAAUCAUUCCUCUGGACAAAAGCUUAGUUGGUCUUAUUAUUGGACGGUCGGGAGAAAAUCUCCGCAGAGUCGAGAGCACGACAGGAGCACGCGUACAGUUCAUGGAUGGGCCCGAAGUGGCAGGUUCUCAACGACACUGCCGUAUCUCGGGCGCCCGAUCUGCACGCAGUGCAGCCAAAGCAGAGAUCUACAAGAUAAUCGAAGACAACGAACAAUCCAAAAGAGGUAGCAGUGGUGGGGGAGACAAACCGCGCCCGCCCAACGGCAAACCGGCUGUCUCUGCCUCCAAAGAUGGCGACAGCUUACAAAUGAUGGUCCCCGACCGCACGGUCGGCUUGAUCAUUGGAAGAGGCGGCGAGACUAUUCGGGAUCUCCAAGAUCGCAGCGGCUGUCACGUCAACAUUGUGGGAGAAAACAAGAGUGUGAACGGAUUCCGGCCUGUCAAUCUCAUCGGCAGUGCUGCCGCUCAACAGUACGCCAAAGAUCUGAUCCUCGAGAUUGUGGAAAGCGACCAGAAAGGGGUCAGUGUCAAGGACCUGCAUCGCGAUCGUGAUGAUGGCGGCCAUGGUAAGAUCAACGAUACUAUUGUGGUUCCCGGCGAGGCAGUGGGGAUGAUCAUUGGCAAAGGUGGUGAAUCAAUACGUGACAUGCAGAAUCAAACCGGAUGCAAGAUCAACGUGUCCUCCGCCAGUGGACGUGACAUUGAACGCGAGAUUGGACUAAUAGGCACACGACACGCGAUCGAGGCGGCCAAACGUGCUAUUUUGGACAAGGUCGAAACAGUGCGUGCGCGAUCACAAAAUCGUGAACCAUCACGGGAUGAAUACGCCGACCGGUACUCGGCACAACCACAAGGCCAGCCUCAGCACCACCAGGCCCCCAUGGGAUACCCGGCAGCCACAGCGGUGCCUCCCCAGGCUGGAGGCGCUCCAGCUGGUGGGGCGGAUCCGUACGCAGCUUAUGGGGGGUAUCAAAACUACCUCAACAUGUGGUACGCAGCAAUGGCAGCACAACAAGGUGGUCAAGGUCAAGGUCAAGGUGAGCAACGAUAG